CUGGUGGAGGAGGGAUGGGCAGGUAGACCCAGGCUCCUAAAGCUGGCAGGGAGCAUGAAAGGAGGGGCCCAAGAAUAAGAUCAAGUUUCUAUCAGAGUUAAGGGCCGGCCAGGAUAGUCCCGAUGAUGUUCACGGAAGUGAAAGCACGGGAGAGAGCGAUGAGGCUGUGUGUGCAGAGGGUGUGUGCCCCGUGAGCCCCACAGACGUGGCAGCUCCGGGUAGGGGCUGGGCUGGGGCGGCAGGCUCUCCUUUGCCCGGCUGACCGCCAGUCCUGAGGGAGCCUUGCGCCGGCCCAGACAAUGCACCAGGCUGGCCACUAUCCCUGGCUUUCUCCAGCUGUGAACAGCUCAGCAGAGCAGGAACCCCAGAAGCAACUCCCAAAGGUGCUCAGCGGGGCCUGGGAACCACCUCGAGGGGACGGGCUGCCCCUGCUCUCUGUCAUCGUCGCUGUCUUUGUCCUGCUGGCAGUCUGUAUCGUGGUGGUAGUCCACUUUGGGCCAAGGCUACACCACGGCCAUGCCACUCUCUCCAGAGAACCAUCAGUCCCAAAGCCAGAGGGUGGCAUCUACCUCAUCCACUGGCGAGUGCUGGACCCUCCAGACAGUCACGAAGAUGCCUGGCCAGGACCUCCUGUCUCUGGCUUCUGCCUUGUGCCAGAUGGGCCUAGGCUCAGCACUGAUGAAGUCACAUACCUGUAGGAAGGAGACUUUGGAAAGUUGGCCUGACUUGGCUCAGAACAAGAAACUGCACAGAGAAUUAGGUCAAAAGCAUAUUGGGGCCUGGGCUUCAGAGCUUUGGAAGUGGACACGUGGACUCGGCAGGAGCUGCCCUCUCAGCAGAAUAUUUCUAGAGGAAGCCCUGUAUGCACAGGAGAAAUAAAAGAAACUUGGGGGCCCUGCCCAGAAACAUGCUGCUGUGAGCAUUCCCAGUGCCCAAGGCCACCCCUGCAAAGCUACUGCCCUCUUUUCAGGGACCACCAGACCCCUGUACCUCCCUCUCCGAGUCCCUCCUCCCUCCUCCCACUCCUAAUCGCCUCCUCUUUGGGUGUCAAAGUGAGUCCACCUUGGAAGAUUUCACCACCAAGCCCACCCUCCUGCAGGGAUGUCAGAGGCUCCCCGCAGAGGCCCUGCCUACACAGUUGCCAGGUCCUAGGAGAGCCAGGCAGGAGAACCAAGGUGAAGAACACAGGGGUCUGCCUUCUUGGGACUCAGGAAAGGAAGGGAAAUCUGUUGCCCUUCCCUGGUUGGGGCACAUCCCUUUGGCUGUCAAGGCCCAGGCCUUGUCAACACUUCCAAGGCCCUUGCAAAGCCCCGAGUACCAAUUAUAGUUCCCCAA